AGCGAGAGGGCCCCGGGCCGCCCCGAUCCAUGAGGCUCCCUGCACGCCCGCUUGUCUGAUGCCGCAUUGGAGGAGGAAGGUGCCAUUAUGGAGUGCUGUCAUGGAGGCUACACUGUGUAUCCACGCGUGCCUUUGGCUGAUUCCAGCCUGGAUUCCCUUGCUCAUGCCAAAUGGACUUGCACAUGGUUCAGAACUCGAGCCUGGGGCUAAAACCCAGGAGAUGGCUCAAGGCUCUGGAGAGUUAACCUGGGCCGUGCACUUAAAUGUGCCAGUGGGGUUGUCCUCCCGUGAGGAGGAGCUGGAGCGACAGGCCGACGAACUGGCCAGGACGGGAGGCCUGGUGAACCUGGGCCGGAUCGGGGAGUUAAAGGGCCGUUACCUCUUCGCCCACCAACCAAAUGGCCAGACAGAACGAGGACCUGAAGCAAUAAGGAGAUCGGUAGAGGCUUUAUUUGCACAGCAUGACAGCGUGCGGUGGCACUCUGAGCAGAAGCUUCUGAAGCGCUCCAAACGCAGCCUGCACUUUAAUGACCCCGAAUACCCCAACCAGUGGCAUCUGAACAAUCGGAGGACCCCGGGAAAGGAUAUCAAUGUGACGGGCGUGUGGGAGCGGAACGUGACAGGCCGCGGCGUGACCGUCGUGGUCGUGGAUGAUGGCGUGGAGCACACCAGCCAAGAUAUACAGCCAAAUUACAGCCCUGAAGGCAGCUAUGACUUGAACUCCAAUGACCCCGACCCUAUGCCCCGCCCUGACGCAGAAAAUGGGAACCACCACGGGACCCGGUGCGCUGGUGAAAUCGCAGCUGUCCCAAACAACGGCAUCUGUGCCGUGGGAGUUGCCUACGGCAGCCGCAUUGCAGGCAUCCGAGUCCUGGAUGGGCCCCUCACAGAUAGCAUGGAGGCUAUCGCUUUCAACAAGCACUAUCAGAUCAAUGACAUCUACAGCUGCAGCUGGGGGCCGGAUGAUGAUGGCAAAACUGUGGAUGGUCCUCACCAGCUAGGAAAGGCUGCCUUGCAACAUGGGGUGAUUGCUGGUCGCAGGGGCUUUGGAAGCAUUUUCGUUGUGGCCAGCGGCAAUGGAGGGCAGCACAAUGACAAUUGCAACUACGAUGGUUACGCCAACUCCAUCUACACCGUCACUAUAGGUGCGGUGGACGACGAGGGGAACAGGCCGUUCUACGCCGAGGAGUGUGCCUCCAUGCUGGCAGUGACCUUCAGCGGCGGGGAUAAGACGAGGAGGAGCAUUGUGACGACAGACUGGAAUUUGGAGAAAGGCACAGGAUGCACCGAGGGCCACACAGGGACUUCAGCUGCUGCCCCCCUCGCAGCCGGCAUGAUUGCCUUGAUGCUCCAAGUGCGACCGUGUCUCACCUGGCGAGAUGUCCAGCACAUCAUUGUCUUCACAGCCACCAAGUAUGAAGAUCGUCGCACCAACUGGGACACUAACCGGGCGGGCUUCAGCCACAGCCAUGAGCACGGCUUCGGCUUGCUAAAUGCUUGGAGGCUUGUCAACGCUGCCAAGAUCUGGGAAUCUGUCCCAUACUUAGCGUCAUACAUCAGCCCUGUUCUAAAGGAGGGCAGGACCGUCCCGCAGGUCCCUCAGGCAUUGGAAGUCACCUGGAAUGUCACAGCGGCCGACCUCGCCUUGUCUGGCAUGAGGACCUUGGAGCACGUGGCAGUGACCGUCACCAUAACCCACCCUCGCCGUGGCAACCUGGAAAUCAAACUCCUCUGCCCCAGUGGCAUGGUGUCCAGGAUUGGGACCACCAGGAGCCUGGACUCAGAUCCCAACGGCUUUGCUGACUGGACCUUCUCCACAGUGAGGUGCUGGGGGGAGGAAGCCCAGGGCAUGUACAGACUCAUUAUCAGGGAUGUCGGGGAUGAGACGCUGAAGACAGGGACGUUGAAGCAGUGGCAGCUGACACUUUACGGCUCUUCGUGGACUCCGGCGGAGAUGAGGGAACGGCAAAGGCUGCUGGAGGACGCCAUGAGUGGCCAGUACUUGAGCAGUGGCGAGUCCCUGCCUUGCCCUCCAGGGCUGGAGAUCUCCGAGGAGGAGCCGUACACCAUCACAGCCAACACCCUCAAGAUGCUCAUGUUGCUGGGAUGCUUUGCUGUCUUCUGGACUAUCUACUACAUGCUGGAGGUUUACCUGUCCAGAAAUAAUGUGGUCUUCAAUCUGACGUGCAACAGCUUCCCCGCCUGCAGGUGGUACCCCAGGGCUGGGCGGCAGAAGAACAUGGAGAAUGGGCUGGAUAUGGAGUCCAUCCCGCUCAACGCGGGGAAGGACAUAGAAGACGUGGAGAUGGAGUCGGAGCAGCCACUGCCCAGCCCGGAAGCCCCAGAAAACUUAGGGGAAGAGGGAAGCUGGAGUCCCCAGGAUCCCAAACCUCACAGCAAUGGCCGAGCCGCAGGCUUUCACGAAGCAAUCCAUUCGGGCUCAGGGUAUCUUGGCCGGGACCUGGCCUCCGACCUCCUGUCAGCAGACAGGGAGCAGCAGACAUGCUAG